AUGGCAAAACUCGCACUGUUGAUGCUUUUGGCCCGCCUGACGAUGGCCAACACAUUCCAUCAGGACGACAUUAUCCAUUUUCCCAGCAGAGACACCUCCUCAUCAACCCCAAACUUCAAAAGAGCGGCUGACCCGUGUGCGGCUAUUACUCAAGCAUGGGAGGAGCGCAUGCGGACUGUUCCCCUGGAGAUGCGCCAGGGAAAGCUGCUCGCGCUCGACCUGAGGCCCUCCGUGGCUACUGCGUGCUUAGAGUCCGUUCCGCUCAACAAGCAGAAGAAUCUUCAACUUCUUACCUACCUCAAACCAUUUGUGGAGCUCCAAUCGACUAUUGGCAUCAUCUCGAAUCCACCAGAAGAGUACCUGCUCUCUGGUGUGGAUUUUCCAGGCGGCAUGGACGCUAUGCAGAGCAAGCUUGAGAACAACGAGUACAAGUCCCAGACCGAGUUUGUAAAUGAUCUUAUGAGCCUGAUUGUCUCCUUCAAUGACAAUCAUCUCGCCUACAAUGCAGCGCUGAACAUGGCAUUCCGACGGGGUCGCACGGGUAUUGCCGCCGUCAGGUCAAUCUCCUCAGACGGGCUCCAGAUGCCCGAAAUCUUCUUCGACUCAGAUCUCCUCGGACAAGGCAACAAACCCCCGUCGGCAGUCGAGAGCAUCGACGGCGUCGAGGUUUCUCUGUUCAUGGAGAAGCUGGCUAUCGGACUCGAAGGGAGUCCCCAAGAUCCCGAUGCGCAGUACAACCGGCUCUUUCCCUCGUUGGCAGGAAUGACUACCGGCCAGGGCAAAGGAAUGAUACCGCUCUCAAUCUUCGACAUACCCGAUAACCACACCGUCAAGUUCAAGAAUGGAACGUCCAGGGUUGUGUUGAAUGAGAUUGUCACUCUGAGGGACGUCGACCUUACAGGUAUACGCUCUGGCCAAGACUUCCAGAAUAAGUUUGAGAGCCCGCAAGGCGUGAAGUUGCCACAGCCACCUGCCUCCAGCCCUACGCAGUCGUCUGCUCCGUCGCCUCCGUCGCCUCCCGCUCCUCAAAGGACGCUACAAGGCUACCCAAAGCCUCUGAUCGAACAUCCACAAGGCCUAAUGUCCGGAUACCUACCCGACGGAGAAGGGCUAGAGAAUACUGCCGUUAUCACAAUCCUUGGCUUCACAUCUCUCCGUGGGCAGGUAUCGCUGAAAGACCCGGCUCAGAUCAGCGACCUUUUACGUGGAGCCCGUGACGUUGUCUUCAAGACCGCCGCAGCGGCGAAGCAGCAAGGGCGAGAGAAGCUCGUUAUCGACUUGCAAGCGAAUGGCGGCGGCAAGUUACAACUUGUCGAGUUUUUGUAUCGCUCGUUCUUUCCGGAAGCCGCCUUCGAUACCGCUGAUCGAUACCGUCUUACGGAUGGGCUCAAAUUUAUAGCCCAAGCCGACUACGAAUCGUUCGCCGAGAAUGAUAUACAACUGGACGCCCUGCCCAUGGGUUUGGAUGAGAAGCCAAUCACAGACGCCAAGAUUUUCUUCAAGGCAAACCCGGUCAAGGGUCAAAACGCGACGACUGCGUUCACGAGCGACAAGACCAAGCAGUACCUAGUCAACCCUGACGAAUUCCUUCCCGGUUCCGCUCAAGCAGCGAAUGGCGCCAAGGCCGAGGCACCGUGGAAGCCUGAGGACAUGGUCAUCCUUACGGACGGGCUAUGCAGCUCUGCGUGCGCGUCGUUCACGGGCCUGAUGGUCCGCAACGUUGGUAUCCGCACAGUCGCGCUUGGCGGCCGACCGCUGAGUCUGCCCAUGCAGGCUAUCGGGGGCGUCAAGGGCGGGAGAGUCAAUUCCUUUGCGGAAAUAAGAGACCUCUUCAAGCAUGCGCGUCAGCAGAGCAACAUGAGUGCCGAGGCGAGGCAAUUCCUUCAGAGCCACGACAAAUCUAUACCGAGUAUCGGAGACUCACCUCUGCGGCCGCUCGUCGACGAGAAGUUUGGUGGAUCAAUCAACAUACGGAACACGUACACUCUUGAUGAUCUUGACGGCUUCCCAUUGCAGUUCAAGUACAAGGCCGCGAACUGCAGGCUCUUCUACACCAAAGAUAUGAUCCAAGACAUUACGGCGACGUGGAACCGCGUGGCGGGCAUCGCAUUUAGAGGUGCUCCCUGCGCUCCUGGCUCAACAGUGAAUAAGAAUGGAACAAUUGGGUUUGAGACUCCUGGCUUCACCAAGGAUGUCAAAAGCCGAGUACGGGGACUUCCCGUGCCAACAAUUCGCAACAGAGGAUAG